AUGUUGGCGAUGCUGCAAGCGGGGGCUGGCAACUCACGAAGCAAGCCCACUAUCGAGGCACAGGUCAUCCAGCGGGUCUUUCCGAGCCACAAAAAACGAAGCUCCCAAGCCUGGGACUCAUUUGAGUACAGAGCCAAGGCCCCCAGACUGGCUCAGUUUGACAGAGAUGCGAGCACCCGUAAUGCCCAUUCCAGACACAUCGAUCCACAGACCAGCCUCAUCUCUGUGGGGCCCAAAUCUGGCGCGAGGAAGAAGCGUCCGGAGGAGGCCCCCCGAACAAGAGGGAGGGAGGUCAAGCACAGCAAUGGGGGCAAUGAUCGCAACGGCGAGUCCAAGGAGAUAGAGGUGAAAGAGGGCAAGAUGGCUUGGAAAGCGGUCGGCAAGAAAAUGAAGAACAAGCAAUGGUUGGGAGCCGUCCGAAAGGAGUUUGUGAAGAAGUUCUACGCCCCGUCGACGUUGGCAACCAAGAAUGCGAAGCGCCGCAAAGAGAUCCUGGAAUCCUGGAGAACAUGGAAGGGGCUCGCCGCAGUGCUGGACUCCACUGAAAUGAAGGCAGGAGAUCAGUACUUAGCAGAAGCCAAGCUGCUUCACAUCGAGGCAGGCCAUGAAUGGGACACUCAGCUCGAUAGGCAGCUGGGCGUAUGCAAAAGAGCAAUGCAGAGGGACAAGGGCCCAGAAGUGCGAGCAAAAGAGGUGCGCUUGACCAGCAUCACACGUGAGACAUGGGUCCGAGAGGGCAAGGGCAAGAAUGCCGCCAAUGUAGAAGCCAGGGACGUAGUGGUGGAGCUGGAAAAGAGACAGGUGAAGCUCAACAUCAGAAAGUCUAAGGCGGACCAGAAGGGAGUGGGUGCCUGGAGGACGCUGGAGUGUUGUGGUGAGAAUGAAUGCGAAAGGGAUUGCCCAUUCAACCUGGCCACACUGGCGUUGAACGACCUCCAGAGCAAUGACCCGCACUCACCACUCUUCCCGGACAGCCAUGGCAACCUUGUGUCAAAAGUCCACAUGGUGACGGCCUGGGCAAACCUGAUAGACUGCGACAUGUCGGGUCAUUCUGCAAGGAGAUCCGGGGCAAUGCAGUAUGCCCGAAAGGGUAUAAGUGUCCACCGUAUACAAUUUUUGGGAAGGUGGAAGUCGUCGGCAGUCUUUCGCUACAUUGAGGAAGCGAUGACAGAGAUCCCGAUGAACAGUGAAGCCAAAACAGAGACAAGCCGUCAGCCAGAUGACGGAAAGAGGGAAAGGGAAAGAAAGAGAGCAUUGAGACCACAGUCAUCAGCAGCCCCAAAGCGAGACAGCCCUCCAGGAGAACAAGUUCUCGAAGCAAAGCCUCUGCUCGAUCAGAAGCAAGCAGAUCAAGUCUUUGCCAUGUCGAAAGCACGAGGGAAGCUGACGAAACAUAUAGUUGGCCAAGCGGCGUGGGGAAUCCCCUUAGAUAGCUGGGCAGGCAGAUGCUUGGCAGCUACUGCCUUUGUCAACCAGCGAUGGCUGACCAUGGGUACCGUCUAUGGCUACAAUGAAAAGUCCCACACGGUUGAAGUCCAACAGCAUACAGGUGACCUUCUGCACGGUUUGACCACCAGAAUCGUGGAUGGCGCAAGAGGUCUUCGUUGUAUUUCAGGGGAUUGGAACCUUGACCGCAACAAUAUCCCCCAAGCAUCAUACUGGGAGGCACAAGGGUGGAUGGAGGCUCAAACCUUUGCUUGCCGCAGGUGGUCCACACCCAUUGGUGCCACUUGCAAACAUACCACAGUCAAGGACUUCAUGUUCCUGUCUCCCGAAGUGUUACCAUAUGUCACUGCCGUAGAGUUGGACUGGUCUUGUUUUGCUGAUCACGCCGUCCUGUUGGUAUAUCUUUCAGAUUUGGCAGCCCCGCCACUUGUUCCGAUGUGGCGCAAGCCGUCCCAAUUUGAGUGGCCCAAUCAACAACAAUGUAAGCAAGUGGAUUGGCCCUUUCAUGCAGCACAGUCUCAGGACAUGGAUGCUUGGUAUGCCAACAUUUGGAAGAACGUUGAACGCUACGCAGACAAAUCCAUGCAUGCUACUCAGCGCCGAGUCGAGGACCCCUUGCUGAUCUACAGAGACCUCCAAAGGGAAAGGGCCGAACCAGUGCAGACCAUUGUCCAGACCCAAGAAAUACCGGUAGUCUCAAGCCAAGAUGUUCACCAGACAGAGAAGGUUGAGCUCCACCUUGCAGUGGAGUUGACACAACACCCACAGAAGUCAGCCCUGGAAUGCAAGAAAUGCUUCAAAUUAGAGAAGGCGCGCGACAGAGUCAAAGGAGCUCGAGAAUGGCAAAGGCAGACAACCAAGGCCAACCCGCAAAAUAGCGAGAGCUUGGUGGGUGGGAAGUUGCUUGGAAUACUCCGCCGGGUGGUUGCUCAACCAAUGGCGGAUGCUACUUCUGAGUUGAGUUGUGCCUAUGACGUCUUGAGCGUGUCGAAUAGCUUUGUCCUGGAAGCCAAAGUGCCGCAGUCUCAGAGAGCCCAAGGUGUUUUGUCAGGGCCUAAGAGGUGUUUUGAAAAACGCUUCCAUCAGCUGCAGUCGUUCCUUUGCGAAAUCGAAGGCAUGAAGCGGAAACACAUCUCCGGCUGUUACCAGGAAGUGGUGCUGGCAGUGCCUCCAGCCAUGACCUGGAUAUUGUCGCCUUUGGGGCUGCCAUUAGCGCCAGUCUCAGACCGGGUAGGUGCCUGCAGUCGGGGCCAAAAUGGCGUUCCCUGGACAUGGGCCUUGCAUUUGUUUGAUGAAGCAAAGGCGGGGAACAGCUCUUUGGGACUUGGAUCCUGUGGAGGAUCUUUUGGAGGAUUAAUGAGCGUUGAUGAUCGCUCCAAUGCAUUGAAAGAGGUUUCAGAUGACUUCCUUCGAAGUGGGUCUCGGGCAAUCUCCUUUAAUGAAAUCAAACUUGCAGUCUUGGCAGCUCUGCCGGGCGAUAUUGGCUUCAGCAAUAGCUUUCUUGCGGCCAAGGUGAUCUCUGCUUGUAGUCGUGCGAAGAAAUGGCAGGAGGCUUUGCAUUUAUUCCUGGAAGAUAAUGAGGUCCACAGAAAUGCCCUGAUGUGCAGUUCUCUCAUUCGCGCUUCUCCAGAAGUUGUCGUUGCAUCGCUGAUGAAGGUGGCUAUCUCAUUGUCAGUCAGACUUGACACCAUUUCAUACAACGCAGCGAUUAGCGCCUGUGAACGGGGUACCAGGUGGCAGAGCUCGAUCCAGUGUUGGGACAGGCUGCAAGAGGUCAGCUUGACUCCGGAGGUGAGAAGCUUCAACUCGUGCAUUGCUGCACUCAACCGUGCUGGACAUUGGGCCAGGAGCUGGUUGCUCUUAGGCUCCAUGAGGCGUUUCCUGGUGCAAGCCGAUGAGGUGACUGAGAUUUCUGGUCUUUGUGCCUUCGGAUCUUUCUGGGAAAUGGCUUUGGCGGUGGACCUGAAGGUUGGCCACUUCUCUACAGCUUGCAAGAAUGUAUUGCUGGCAUCCUGUGGACGUGCGGGUCAAUGGCAGGUUGCUGAAAGGCUUUUCGCAGCUCCAGACGAGGUCACAUAUACCAGCGUCACAAGUGCCUACGACAUGGCCAGGCAAUGGUCAAAGGCUCUUGCUGUGGUUGAGAUCUUGCAACAAAGCGGCAUAGAACCACAUCGUCAACGUCCAGCUCUGAACGCAGCAGUUGCUGCCUGUGGCCGGCUCCAAAAAUGGGAUCUUGUGUUGAACCAGCUUCAACGUAUGGCCUUGGCCGAAGAAUGGCUCACUGGCCUUGCACCUGAUUUGGUCACCUUCGGAGCGGUCUUGAAUGCCUGUUGUGGAGCACAGCAGCUCGAUGUGGUGGAGCGCCUGCUGCAGGUGAUGCGGGGACGAAGUGUCCGUUGUAGCUUGGAAGCCAUGAAUGCCGCCCUGGGCGCCUGCGAGAGUGGGCGAAACUGGGAAAGGGCCUUCGAAAUGCUGGCACGAAUGCGUAGAGAUGGAUCUGAUGUCGACUUGGCUUUGUGCAGCUCUGCCAUGAAUGUCUGUGAAGGCAUCAGUUGGGCGCAGGCUUUAACGCUCUUUCUCCAACUUCCACAAUUUUCGCUGAGGCCUGACUUGGGAGCCUUUGGGUCUGCCCUCACAGCCUGCAAGGAUGGACUCUCAUGGAGCAGUUCUCUGCAGCUACUCCACUCGAUGAAACAGUGCGACUGUCGUCCAGAUCUCGCAGCCGUGAGUGCAGGACUAGCAGCUUGUGGACCUGACGACAGCUGGCCCUUUGCCUUGUGGAUCCUGACUGGAGCUGAUGCGAAUGCAGUGUCCUACAAAGCUGUACUGGAUGCCAUGGCCAUGGGAACCACGUCGAAGCCGGUGGCUCCAUGGUUGUUGAGCCGCUUGAGGCGGUGUGAUUCUUCUCCCCUUCACCCAACGAGUCGACGUCCAGAGGCAGCAUCUCACGCCUUGGUUUUGAUGGAACUUUUGGAACAAGAAGGCUCGAUGGAUGGUGAACUUCAGGCGGCGUUUGCUCGGCUCUACCAACGUCCAGCCUUACAGCGAUUGCUUCACCUUCAGCGACAGCCGCCGAGAGGCCACUGGAAUCUUCAGGAGCCAAUAUUGGAAAGGCAGACCAGCCUUGGCCCAUGCUUUCGGAUCUUCACCGGUGCCAUGUGGCAGCAGGCGAGAUAUGCCGCUCGUUCAGCCAGCCUGGGACGCGACCCGUUGGAUCCUGUCUCAAUGGAUCUGGUCUCGUGGACCGCAGUGACUGCAACGAAGCAUGGCAAGGUGCUGUCCCGCGGUCGAGUUGGUGGGUACGGCGAUCCCAAGACGCGAGGAAGAUGCUUGGUUCCAACUUUCGUUGGUCAUGAUCGUGCCUCCCAUGCGGAACGUGCUGCUUUGUUGCGCUUGUUGAUAACUGUGGGGAACGCCCGGUGA